AUGCGUAGAAGCGUUAUCCUUGCAGCGCUCGGUGGCUCGCCGUCUUUGAUACCAGCAGACGGCACAAAGGAUUCGGCUACACCGCUCAAAGGAAAGAGUUCGACAUUUUCACGCCCGUCUCCGCUCGGAGACUACUCACGCAAUGCCAAUGCUGCUGGUUUCGGGCCGCUUCUGGGCAGAAAACCAUUCAAGCCACCUUCGUUCGCCAACCAGCGCGAGAAAGACAAUCCGGGCGGUGGAAGGAAGCGCAAAAAGGUUGACUACCGCGGCAUGGACUCGGGCGAAGGCCGAGAUGCCGAUGCCAAUAGCGAUAGUGAUGCUGGAUCUGGCUCUGACAAUGACGGCAACACCAAAGCUCGAAAGACUGUCGCCAAAAAGAAGGGCAAAGCGGCCGUGAAGACGCUCGAGGGGAUCUACAAAGGCAUCGACGCCACAGGUGUUUCUCUCAACGUGGAUCGUCGCAAAUGGGACGUGUUUGAGAUCAAACCAAACGCAAUCAAAAAGGGCUUUUCUGUCCCAGUCAUGACCAACAAGCAGGGCCAGGUCAUCGAGACGAGGCUUUCAUAUGCAGCGUUGGGCACCAGAAGGCAGAUCGACAUCCCUCCUCGUCCGCUGCAUGACCCCAUGGGCGAGCAUGCCAUCGUCCUUUUUGAUCCUACCAUAGAUGAUCGCGAAGCCGAGCGCAGAAAGGCCGAAAUCCAGCAGGAGCAAGCAGCAGAAGAGACACGCAUCGAAGCGGGCGCAGCGGUGCAGACCCCGCAUAAGAGCCUCGCAGACAUCCUCGGUCUCAAUAAGGCCAAGUCCAAAGAAAUCGAAAAGGUACCCGUCGUCAUUGAUCCAGUCCUCAGCAAGGUGCUCCGUCCCCAUCAGGUCGAAGGUGUCAAGUUCCUCUAUCGAUGCACUACCGGUCUCGUCGUCGAGAAGGCGUACGGCUGCAUUAUGGCCGACGAAAUGGGCCUAGGCAAAACGCUUCAGUGCAUCGCACUCAUGUGGACGCUGCUCAAGCAGUCUCCGAUCGCACACAAGUCGACCAUUGAAAAGUGCAUCAUCGUCUGCCCUUCAUCCUUGGUGAGAAAUUGGGCCAACGAGCUCAUCAAGUGGCUCGGCCCGGCUGCGCCUGGCAACCUAGCUCUGGACGGCAAGCUGAGCAAGGACGAGAUGAUUGAAGCGACGCGUCGAUGGUGCAGUGCCUCGGGGCGUGCCAUCUCGCAACCAGUCAUGAUCGUAUCGUAUGAGACGCUGCGCAACUUGCAGGAGGAGUUGGGCAAUACCGAGGUCGGCCUGCUGCUCUGUGACGAGGGCCAUCGACUCAAGAAUGCCGACUCGCUCACUUUUCAGGCGCUCACGCAGAUUAAGGUGCGUCGCCGUGUCAUUCUUUCUGGUACGCCCAUCCAAAACGACCUGUCCGAGUACUUUGCGCUGCUCAACUUUGCCAACCCAGAGUUACUAGGCAGCCGCACCGAGUUCCGCAAGAACUUUGAAAUUGCCAUUCUCAAGGGGCGCGAUGCCGAGGCGACCGAAAAGCAGCAGCAGGAAGCCAACGAAAAGCUGAGCCAGCUCUCUGCGCUGGUGAGCCGGUUCAUCAUCCGACGAACCAACGAUCUGCUUUCCAAAUAUCUGCCGGUCAAGUACGAACAUGUGGUGUUUUGCAAGAUGUCAGCCUUCCAGCUCGACCUAUACCGACUAUUCAUCCGUUCGCCCGAGAUCAAGAAGCUGCUUCGAGGUACGGGUAGUCAACCGCUCAAGGCGAUCGGUAUCCUAAAAAAGCUGUGCAACCAUCCGGAUCUGCUCGACUUGCCAAACGACUUGGAGGGAAGCGAGGAGUACUUUCCCGAGGCAUAUACGCCCCGAGAUCGACGAUACGUCAACCCGGAGCUGUCGGGCAAGAUGAUGGUGUUGCAACGCUUUCUAGAGACAAUCCGUGCUACUAGCAACGACAAGAUUGUGCUGAUCUCGAAUUACACGCAGACGCUCGACGUGUUUGAGCGCAUGUGCCGCGCCAACCGAUGGGGUAUGUUCCGACUGGACGGCACCAUGACGAUCAACAAGCGGCAGAAGCUAGUAGACCGAUUCAACGAUCCGGAGGGCAAAGAGUUUAUCUUUUUGCUGUCGUCGAAAGCGGGUGGAUGCGGUCUGAAUCUGAUCGGUGCCAAUCGAUUGGUGCUGUUUGAUCCGGAUUGGAAUCCGGCAUCCGACCAACAAGCGUUGGCACGAGUAUGGCGAGACGGACAAAAAAAGUCGUGCUUCGUCUACCGAUUCAUUGCCACAGGGUCGAUCGAGGAGAAGAUCCUGCAGCGCCAGUCGCACAAACAGUCGUUGUCGUCGUGCGUGGUAGACGAAGCGCAGGAUGCAGCACGCCAUUUCUCAGGUGAAGAUCUGCGCGCGCUUUUCACGUUCAAAGAAGAGACGGCAUGCGAUACACACGACACGUACAAGUGCAAACGAUGCAAGAACGGCAAGCAGUUUAUCAAAGCCGGCGCGCUGCUGUACGGCGAUACGAGCACGUGGAACCAUUACGGCAAGAACGAGAUGCAUCACUUGCACGAUGAUUUGUUGAGAGCCGAGCAGGCGUAUGACGAUGUUAGUUUCGUUUUCCAGUACUGCAGUCACUAG